UUGAAAAAAGUCUCAGUAGGUUGUGAUAUAUUUUUGUUGUGAUUUUUUCGAAUUGUUUUGAGACUUUCAUGAUAAGUUUCUGUUAUAAAUUAAAAGAUCGCACUAUUUCACAACAAUGGAACCACCUCGAGACAAAUGGAAUAUUGUGCUAUUUAUAUUUAUUCUACAUGGCAUCGGGACAUUGAUGCCGUGGAAUAUGUUUAUAACGGCCAAAAGCUAUUUCGUUGAAUUCAAAUUAGGCGGAGAAUCAAAUUCCACAAGUGCUUCAAAUUAUGCAGCGAAUUUUCUACAAUAUAUCGGAUUUGCGGCCCAAAUUCCCAAUAUAAUAUUUAAUUGGCUCAAUGUGUUUUUAAAUUUGGGUGGAGAUUUGACGAAACGUAUGGCGAUUAGUAUAUUAGUGGAGCUAUUCAUAUUUGUGGUAACAGUGCUUAUGGCCAUGGUGGACUCAUCGGGCUGGCCUGGUGCAUUUUUUUGGAUAACAAUGACCACAGUGGUCAUCUUAAAUAUGGCUAGCGCUGUUUACCAAAAUACCAUAUUCGGCAUGGUCGCAACAUUUCCCUUUCGAUAUACUGGCGCAGUUAUAUUAGGAUGUAACAUCUGCGGCCUUUUUGUAUCUUUGAUAAGUAUUGGGAGCAAUUAUAUAUUUCCUACCAUUAGAGUUGCUGCGAUUUAUUACUUCAUAACGGCGAUGGUACUUUUAUUGUUCUGUUAUGAUACAUUUUUCGCAAUACCUCUGAACAAAUUUUUCAUAUAUAAUCAACUUUCUCGGAAAACUGAAGGCAGCGAAAAUGUGAAAACUUCGGAAAUACCUUAUUGGACUAUCUUCAAAACAGCAUCCAUUCAACUGGUGAACGUAUUUACAAUAUUCUUUGUAACGUUGGCAGUUUUUCCUGCCGUAAACUCUGAUAUCAAGGCCUCUUCACCGGAUUUCUUCAUAAAGGACCCAAUAAUGUAUAUACAAAUUACCUGCUUUUUAACGUUCAACCUGUUUGCAAUGCUAGGAAGUUUGACUUCAUAUUGGAUACAAUGGCCUGGACCCAAAUAUUUGAUCAUACCGGUUAUGUUGCGGUUGAUUUUUAUACCGUUAUUUCUGUUUUGCAAUUAUUUGCCAUUAAAUAUCGAGAGAAAACUGCCAGUCAUCAUAAACAAUGAUUGGAUAUAUUGGAUUAUUGGCGUUUUAAUGGCCUACACUUCAGGAUACUACAGCGCUUUGGCAAUGAUGUAUGCGCCACAGUCAGUUGAGCAGAAUCAUCAAGUCAAAGCUGGAAUGUUCGCUGGGGCGAUGCUUAUAAGUGGAAUUUUCUGCGGAAUUUUGUUUUCAUUUAUAACUCCAUAUUUAGUCUAACAUGAAAUAAAUUGAGAGAGCAUCAAUGUAAAUUUAAAAUGUAUAGCUAAUAUUUCAUGGAAAUAAAAACUAACAGUUACUAAUUCAUUUUCAUUUCCGGCCAUCGAGAUCCCGAUUUGCUUUGUACCAAUCUUUAUAUAUAUUAUUCGUUUAUAUCGUAAGCAAAAUGAAAAUAUAAUAUUUUGUUUUAUUAUAAAUCUUUUUAAAUUUAUUUGCACAAAAUACGAAUUUACCAAAAACCCUAGAAUUAUAAAAAAAUUAAUAUCGCGACCUUGCCGCCAUCUACCGCCCAAACAUCUCAAAAUGCAACCCUGAUUCACGUGAGUAGUCAUUACGGAUUAGAAAUUGGAUGUGCUAUAGCGCGUACUCGCUCUACUGGCGAGAGCAUAACAAUGCACGAAAUACCUCUCACGUGCUUCUCCACUUAUACGCUCUUUAUUAGACUUAGCAUGUGAAUGUAUACUCAAUACCCCUCUUAUCUUCACUAUUUCUAUCAAAAAUAUGAUUUAUGCUUCAUGUAAUAAGCUCAAAUUCAAGCUGGGUUUCCAUUACCCCAAUUAUUACUUUUGCCUAGUCUUCUUUAGUUAAUUGGCCUAUUGAAAAUAUGAGUAUUUUGUUGAAAAACUAAAUAUUCUUUGGUCACGCGCAGUCCGAAGGGAAAAUUUUUACCAUACACACACACACACAAUUGCAUCUGGCUAAAUGCGCGUGUGACGUUUUCUCCUUGUCAGCACCCUUACCCCAACCCAAUGUUGCUUCCAAAUAACUUGGUCAUAUGACUUACAGUUUAAUCAUGCGCAUGCAACAAAUAUACUGGUGUAAACGGGCGAUAACAUAUGUGUGAGCGGUUUGGCUAUAUAUAUUUCCCAACUAUUGAAAGUGACAACUGGUAUAUAAUGGAAAAGCCAGCAAAGACUGCGAGUUGAACAACAGCGGAGUUUGGCGUUCAGUGAAGAAAUUGAAAUCACUCACAGUGUUGUCAGCGACCGAACCGACCAGUUCUUGUUCGAACUCCUACGCUCUAGCAGCAAGUUACCAGUCAAGACCCAAGAAAGGCCUAAAAGCUAACCGCAAGUUAGUCAA